AUGGGCAAAGGCCGGCGCACAAAAGAGCUGGCGAAGCUGCAAAAACAAUGGCAUGAUGUGAAUUUGCAGUUUCAAUCUAGGCAACAGGCUCAACGGCAGCAGGCUGCAAAUGCACGCUUGGUUGAGGAAACGGGCAAUAACCAAAUUCUUCACCACAAACAUCGGUCGUAUACUAUUAAAGGACCUAGUCGUCUUUCUACCUCAACGGACUAUCUCACCAACAUAUCUGUACCCUUCCAAGUGACUCCAGAUGCGAUAGACACCAGCUCAAGUGAUCUAUUUUUCGAUUUCGAUGACGACGACGAGGAUGCAGCAUACACCAUCUACAAUGAGCAUGUGGUUGACACGACAGUGGAGCCUAAAAAGCGCAGACGCACUGCUGCGGACAAUCCUAUUGCACUUUGGGUCAAGGAACACGAAACUUACCUCCUAGAACUUCUUUGGUUGGAAGGCCGUGGUGACUAUGUAUUUACUGAAGUCUGCCCAGGCAGCAGUGAAUGUAAUGGUUAUCCUGAGUAUCAGUGUCGGGAUUAUUUUGGCACAGCUCUCUAUUGCAAGGAUUGCAUAGUUGCAAGACACCGAGAAAGUCCGUUACACAGAAUCCAGCACUGGGACGACGGGCAUUUCAAAUGCACUAGUUUGAAAGACCUUGGACUCCGAAUCCAGCUUGGUCAUUCAGUUUGGGGACGUUGUUGCAACCCAUCACCAACAUUUCAUGAUGAUUUUGUUGUCCUGGACGUGACUGGUGUUCACCAGGUGGCUGUUGACUUCUGUGCCUGCGAAAUAGCCCAGUCUCCUACCACUCAGCUUCUCCAUGCCCACUGGUUCCCGGCAACGACUAUAGAUCCCAAAACCGCUGCGACAUUCUGCCUACUUCACCAUUUUCACAUCCUCACAUUCGAAUCGAAAGCAUCUGCCUUUGAGGUCUGGCAAACACUCUCCAGGCUCACGGAUAACACGGGUAUCAGCACUCCAAAGGAUUGCUAUGAGGCACUGCUCAGAAUGGUCAGAAAGUGGCGAAAUGUUACACUUCUCAAAUGGCUCUACGGUCUUUUUCUUGCAAUCGACGCAAACUUCUGUUUAGCACGGAAGAAUGUGUCCUCUGACAUGGUCGACCCUGGCCUUAACCAAGGGUGGGCAUACUUUGUCAAGGAACACAGCUAUAAACUGUUUCUUCAGGAUGUUGGCAAGCAGGUGCAAGAGAACAGUACCUGUGUAAGCCACAACACCGUCAAUCUAGCAGAGACCAAGAACUCCUGUGGCCUUGCAGCAACAGGAGCCAGGACUGUUGACUGUGCACGUCACAAUUUUAAAUGGCCAUGUGGUGUUGGCAACCUUCAGAAAGGGGAAAAAUACAUAUUUAUCUCUGGUCGCUGUUUCUUAUAUAUCAACAUGGACUAUUUGUUCUUCUUGACCAUGCAGCAUGCUGAGGACCUUAUCACCUUGAAUAUCUCAUACAAUAUAGCUUGUCAAUGGAGCAAACACCUUUGGGAAUGCAUGGCCUUGUAUCCCUCCCAGAUGCACAUCAAAUGUGACAGCAAAUUCAUGACAUUCCUGGUUCCAAAGUUUCACUUGCCUGCUCACAAUUUGCGUGGUAUGGGCCAUACAGAUGGCGAGGCUCUGGAGCACGGAUGGCCAAAUAUAAACCCUGUAGCUACCAGUACACGUGAAAUGGGCCCGGGUUCCCAAUGUGACACACUUGAUAAUCACUUUGGUGACUUCAAUCGGAAAAAAGUAGCUAAUCUUGGUAUCAGUCUAUUGCGCAAACUAAAGGCCGCUAUACCAGAACGCGAUCAACACCAGUGUGACUUCCAUGAAUUAAAUGAGACACUCAUUGCUGAGCGUAUGGAGGAGGUAGCAAUCUGGAAACAAGGAGUUGAGAAGUGGGAAGCGGACAUGUCAGCAACAAACCCUUUCAGUCCAACGACAGCAACCAUGACCCAGGCAUCCGUCAGGUUAACCCUCUCUCAGGAAGAAGCUCAAGAGCUCAAGCGUGGCAUCAACAGUUCCCUCCACAAUGAAAUCUCACCGGCUGUCCUUAUCUCAUCGGGCAUUGAGAUUGAAGAAGAACAACACCGGCUUCUGCGAGAUCUUUCUGCGCUUGGUGACCAUGCGACUGAUCUUCAGUGUUCAAAGCUGCAAGAUCACACAAACGCGCUGCAACGCAAAGUUGAGCAGUGGUGUGAAGGUUCAAGUCUUGUACAUGCCGAGGAGAAGGCAUACAAAAUCAGACUAUGGCUCCCUUCUCAGCUCAAGGAUUGUGCCCCAGACGCUACCUUGACCUCCGCCGGCAUCUCCUUUGUAUCCCACUUAUACAAAUUCAAGGAUGUCAACAUUCGGGGUCAGCGAGCCAACACAUGCGCUGCUGCUGUAAUCAAGAAGGUCGAGCAUAAUGAUGGUUGGCAGAAUAUCUUUCCAAUGCUGGAGCCAGCUCACGUGCGUAGAAUGUCGGAGGGCGAGGCAGGUCAAUCCAAGGGCAACCGGACACUUUCUUGGAUCUGGAAGACACAAGGUGUCUCAGCAGUUGGGGAGGUUCUUGCCGACGCGCUGCGCAUUGAGUGGUGUAAAGCCAGAGCACGCGUGAACCGCUGGACAGAGGAACAUGUCCGAGAAUUUCUUUCGUGGCAUGCUACAUAG